AUUUUUUCAGCUAAGCCUAUCAAAUACAAAACUGCAGACUCAAUGAUCAAAAAAGGUCUGCCUGGGAUUUGAGUGAGCUUCUUAAAAGCAGGAGACCUGUGUCAAGUUUAAGACUUCUGCUUGCACAGCAAAUGUUGUGGUAAAUUCAAAUACUACUAAGUGUUUGUCUUUCACUAUUAAGGUUUUGCUUUAAGAGAGCCAUCACCAUGAGUGCUGUGGUUUUCCUCCUGCUCUUCCUGGCAAUAGCUGAUGUUUCUGUGAGUGUGCCAAUUGACAACGAAUAUAACAUUGAUGAGUCAGUGGGUGAUUCUAAAACUCCCCCAAGACCUAAAGCUGACUUUGAAACAGCUGUGCUGUAUGAUGACAUUGCAAAACCAAAAACUUUAAGCAGGAAUGCAGACCCUUGCACUGCUAAAGGGUGCAAGUGGCCAAAAUCAGGAUCCUAUGUUUACGUGCCCUAUUUCAUCUCUGAAAGUUACUCUCAGAAAGAGCGCAACAUCAUCAUCAGAGGACUGCAGAGCUUCAAUGUAUCUACCUGCAUUCGCUUUGUCCCCUGGAAGUGUGGUGAUCGAGAUUUCAUCUACAUUGAAAAUAAAGAUGGCUGUUGGUCCUAUGUGGGGCGCCAGGAUGGAGGACAGUACAUUUCUCUUAACAAAGGAGGCUGCUUGCACCAAAGUGUUGUGCAGCAUGAGGUUAUUCAUGCUCUUGGUUUCAAUCAUGAGCAAGUUCGCUCCGACAGAGACACCUACGUCCGAAUCCUCUUUGAGAACAUUUUACCUGAUAAGAAAUUUGCUUUCGAAAAGAUAGAGACAAACAACUUGGGAACACCUUAUGACUUUAACUCCGUCAUGGAGUACAGGAAUGAUGCCUUCUCCAAAAAUGGAAAACUAACCAUCGUUGCCAAGUGCAAUCCUAACCUUAAGUUUGGAACCGCCAAGGAAAUGAGUGCCAAUGACAUCCUUCGUAUCAAAAGACUUUAUGAAUGCUAAUUCCCUGCAUUGAAGUGGACAAGAUCCCAUUGAUCAGAGAUGGCAGAACUUUCCCUCUUAUGUUUCACAGAGAUGCACAUAAAUACAUUAAUUCUUGCCUUAAGGUCGAUGUCAGCUUAAAAAUAAUUCUCAUUCUUUGCUUAACUAAUGCUUUCAUAUUGAUUAGUUCUUCUGAUGCACCUAUCUAAAGCCUACUCCAUUAUUCAUACUUUUUUUUUUAAUCAAAAUAAAAGUAGUGAUUAAACAGAAUGUUUUUGUAAAAGACAUUUAUAUUACAAUAUGCCUAUGAAAAUAUAAUACUCAAUUUUAAAAGGAUUUUAAAAUUUCAUGUUAAGAAAGAAAAUGUAGUGAAAGAAAAAAAAUGCUUUUCUGAUGUGUAAUAAAAUAAAGCAUGCAAAAGAGCUAAUCAAUUACUGUAUGUCUUACGAUGAGAACAUAAAAAUAUUCUUUGGCAAUAGCUUUAAAUAAUUCUUCUAUUUUCACUCCUGUUGAUCAUUUAUUUUGUAUAUUACAAAUAAAA